AUACCCUUGUGGUUCACGAAGAGACAGGAUCAUCUGAAGUGAACCUUUUCUCUGGAACAAGACUAAUUGAUUCAAGUCAACCUCCAACUAAACAAGUGAAACCCUUGUGUCAGCUUCACAAGGUUCUCAAGUUUAAACUAUCACCUGAUUCCAAAAUUCAGAGCGUCACACUUGAGGAGCUCAAAUGA